CUUUAAACUGUCAGCUGUCAGUGCUCGGUGCGAAAUGUUGACGAUUCAGUUGCUGCUGCUGCUGCUGUCGGAUACAUUGUUGGCCGACAAAGUGUUAACAGUUGACAAGCUAACUUGGCGUCAGCUAGUCUUCUAUCAAUCGCGCUGGCCUCAGCGCAGACGCUUUAUAACCACGCCAAAGCCAGGCACCCAGCCGGAAUCGCCCAAGCUGCGCAAAGUCUAUCCGUGCUACUGCUACAAGCCGCCAAAGCCCGGCAACUUGACCACAGAGGCCUAUGAGAAGUAUAUGAUUGAGCCGAAGAAAUAUUUCAUACUAAAUAAGUAAAAAGAAAAUACUUUUAAUUAUAGUAUAUAUUAUAUAAUGAA